CUGACUCAUCUUCUGACGCUUGGGGGAGGAGAAGGUAGUUGCUUGAUAUUUUUGGCUUUCCCCCAUAAAACAGGAGACGGUUUCCUUCAUUCCAAGUCGUUUUAACGUCAGUGUCAAACGUGUCUAUGCUGAGUUCUCAUCUGAAAUCUGUCAUAUUGGUUGAAUGCAGAUCUGAUUUGUAUCCACUGUGAUCAGCACUCUCAAUUAGGACUCUCCAGAUCCUGACCCAGGACUGCCGAGUAACCAGAUUCCUCACAAGAAGGAGACGGUAAUUUUGGAUUCCUUGGUGGAGGAAAACCAAACCCUCUGGUCUUGCUUCCAACGAUGCAAGUGUGAUCGCUGGCAUCUUCAUGAGCUCCAGAGGUCACAGCACACUUCCACGGACUCUCAUGGCCCCUCGGAUGAUUUCUGAGGGCGAUGUAGGAGGCAUCGCUCAGAUCACCUCCUCUCUCUUCCUGGGCAGGGGCAGCGUGGCCUCCAACCGGCACCUCCUGCAGGCUCGUGGCAUCACCUGCAUUGUUAAUGCUACCAUCGAGAUCCCCAAUUUCAACUGGCCCCAGUUUGAAUAUGUUAAAGUGCCUCUGGCUGACAUGCCUCAUGCCCCCAUUGGACUGUACUUUGACACGGUGGCCGACAAGAUCCACAGCGUGAGCAGGAAGCACGGGGCCACGUUGGUGCACUGUGCCGCGGGGGUGAGCCGCUCGGCCACUCUCUGCAUCGCUUACCUGAUGAAAUGCCACAGUGUGUGCCUGCUGGAGGCCUACAACUGGGUGAAGGCCCGCAGGCCCGUCAUCAGGCCCAACGUAGGCUUCUGGAGGCAGCUGAUAGACUACGAGCGCCAGCUCUUUGGGAAGUCGACAGUUAAAAUGGUACAGACGCCGUAUGGCGUAGUUCCAGACGUUUAUGAGAAAGAGUCCCGACACCUGAUGCCUUACUGGGGGAUAUAAAGCCACCAAAGCCUGCAUCAGCAGCCCCUUGAGCAGAACCAGCAUCUGCUACACACCGUCUGCUCCCCUCUUCACCUUUCUUUUCAAAUGGUUGACUUCUGGUUCUCCCUGAAGUGUUUUUUACACUGGGUGUUCAAGUUUAUUUUAAAAGCUAGGGAGGGAGGGAGGGAGGGGAAGAACAUGAGGGGAAUGCACACAUUGCUAGUAACAUUUUUAAAACUAACAAACAUUUUGGAAUAGUGUUUAUGAAAAUCUUUAACUGGCUUUUAAUCAUUUUUAACAAUUUGAACAGUUUAAUAAACUGUUUGGUUCUGCUGUAUUCUGAAUCCCAUGCCUUUAGGCAUCAUGGCAGGUGCGGGAGGAGCUCAGUGCAAAAAUCACUUUGGGUCCUGAUUAACCCUUUAGAGACCAGCUUUGCCCAAGGCUGCCGACCAAACCAAUGCUUAGGGACUAUUUAUACCAGCUUCAGUCUACUGGAUUAGCCCUACUCUUUCCUUUCCUAUUAUUUAGUGACUCUGUAAGUUAAAAACAUAAACCUUUAUUAUCUAGUUGUUAAGUAAUUAUAAUGAAAUCUGCUGCAAACACCCUCUUGGAAUCAUUGUGCCCCAGGACUAUAUUAGCAUUAUUUUUAAUAAAUAUACCUGCAUAACGUAUUA